UGUUGUUGGUGUGUCGCCUCGAGAAGUUGGGGUUCCUGGGGUCGCUUUCCCCGUCCGGGCAGCAUUGUGUGAUGCGGCAAACGAUAAAAAAAGACAGAGCAGAAUGGGCGGGGGAGGGUGUGAAGCGAGAGGGGGCAAGGGGGGAAACGGGAUGAAAGGCAACAACCAACUACCUUACCCAUGCUACCCAUUCAGUUGGAGCAAUAGACACCGCCGUAAGAGCAAAAUUAAUAAAGGGCAGGCGCGUCCAGCUUCCUGAAUCGUAUUUUUUUUCUUCCACUUUCUCUUCCAAACUCACCCCAUCCUCCAAGCAGGUUGGUGCUAUACCUAGAGUUGCAAAGAUUUGCGCACACCGCGCUCUCAGUCGCAACAAUGUCGGACGCAGACAAGGAAAUCCAACCGCAGGUUCAUCGGAACGACUCCUCAAGUGGCUCAGACAAGGAUGGGGUGCCUCGAAAUGGCAAGCCCUCGACCGAGCCCGGCUUGGACGCCAAGCACAUUGACCACGCAGACCUAGAGGCGCUCAACCGCAACGCCGAGGCUCGCAUCAAGAACCCGCUCGCGGGCAUCCCAUACGACCGCUUGAUGGCCGACGUCGAGGCCUUCACCCAGCAGAAGGGUCUGACCGAGUACACGGCCGUGUUCAAGCAGGGUGCUCUCAUCGCCCAAGACCCAGACAGCUACGACAACCUACCUGGAGAGCAUGCUCUGGCCGCCGAGGACAAGGAGGCCCUGCGCCUCGAGGUCGAGAAGAAGUGGCGCAUGCCCAUGAAGCUCUUCCUGACAAUCUUCACCUGCUCCAUGGGUGCGGCCGUUCAGGGAUGGGAUCAGACUGGUAUCAACGGCGCCAACGUCUAUAUGCAGGAAGAAUACAAGAUCGGUGACGACUCUACCGGCUCACGACUCAUUCUGGGUCUGGUGAACGCCGGUCCUUACCUGGGAUCCGCGCUGCUUGGUUGCUGGCUCUCUGACCCCGUCAACAACUGGAUUGGUCGCCGUGGUGUUAUUUUCGUAUCUGCUCACUUUUGUCUCUGGCCUGUCAUCGGUUCCGCCUUCUGCCACACGUGGGAGCAGCAGUUGAUCUGCCGUCUUCUCAUGGGUGUUGGAAUGGGUAUCAAGGCUUCCACAGUUCCGAUCUACGCUGCAGAGAACUCGCCCGCCUCGAUCCGUGGAGCCCUAGUCAUGUCAUGGCAGAUGUGGACUGCAUUCGGAAUCUUCCUCGGAACCGCGUUUAACGUUGCCGUUUUCAGCGUUGACAACCGAAUCAACUGGAGGCUCAUGCUGGGAGCCCCCUUCAUUCCCGCUGUUCCCCUGCUCCUGCUGAUUUACCUGUGCCCCGAGAGCCCUCGAUGGUACAUGAAGAAGGACCGUUAUGCAGACGCCUGGAAAUCCAUCCAGCGCCUGCGCUUCACCAAGGUCCAGGGCGCCCGUGACAUCUACUACAUCCACUCCCAGCUGGUGCUUGAGAACGAGGUUAUGGGCAAGAGCACAUAUGCCACUCGCUUCGUCGAGCUCUUUACCAUUCCCCGUGUGCGCCGUGCGACGCUGGCUGCUUUCACCGUCAUGUUGGCUCAGCAAAUGUGCGGUAUCAACAUCAUUGCUUUCUACUCCACCACUGUGUUUGAGGAUGCUGGUUUCGGCCGCUACGAGGCUCUACUCGGUUCGCUUGGUUUUGGUCUGGUCAACUGGUUGUUUGCGUUCCCGGCUUUCUGGACCAUUGACACGUUCGGUCGCCGCUCGCUCCUCCUUUUCACUUUCCCCCAGAUGACCUGGACGCUCUUGGCCGCCGGUCUCUGCACCCUCAUAGACAACGAUGGACCCCAGGCGAAACUGCGCCUCGGACUGGUUGCUUUGUUUGUCUUCCUUUUUGGCGCAUUCUACUCGCCUGGUGAGGGCCCUGUGCCUUUCACAUACAGUGCCGAGGUGUUCCCACUGUCGCACAGAGAGGUUGGCAUGGGUUUUGCCGUCGCCACUUGCCUCUUCUGGGCUGCUAUACUCGGCAUUACCUUCCCCUUCUUGCUCGACAGGUUCAAGGUUGUUGGUGUCUUUGGGUUCUACGCCGGUCUCAAUGUGCUCGCCCUCAUAAUGAUCUUCCUCUGGGUACCCGAGACCAAGCAGCGCACGCUCGAGGAGCUCGACUACGUCUUCGGGUCCCCAACUGCCAAGUUCAUCAACUACCAGUGCACCAAGGCUUUGCCGUGGUGGUUCAAGCGCUGGGUGCUUUUCGACAGGAACGCCAAGCUCGAGCCCUUCUACAAGGAAGAUAGGCACGCUGAGCAUGUCCAGACUACUACAUCUGGAGGAGCUGUCGAUGAGAAGAGGGCCAUCUAAAAUCAAGUUGAACUUUUGGAUAUGGUUCACUACGCUGGUGCAUCUGAACGUGAUUGAAGGUCAUCAAAACGGACUUGAGACGCGUUGCAGGUAGCAUACGAUUAGAGGCUCUGAUAAUGGUUGAUGUGUUGGUGAUAUAAUGGUGAUUAUACCCCCUUUCUUUUCUAUACCCUGGCGCCCGGUUAAGGGUCAGACUUUCUUUAUUCGGAUAUCUGUUGCUAUAUAGCCAAUAGAUGUGAUGCUGUCUAUUAUCUUGGCAGACGCUUAACUAUACACAAUUGCUGUAAAAUGCUGCAUGCGAUUUGAAGUAAUGCGUGGUAGAAGUGAUGGAUGAACACCG